AUGCCUAAUCUCAUACCUUAUAAUCUCUUUUUAAAAACAAUAAGUACCUCCGCGAUUAAAGAAACUCUAGAAAAAGUUUUUUUUUUACGAAGAAUUUUUGAAGCAAAUUUUCAACAAAGUUCAAAAACUAAUAUGAUGACAAACACUGAUAGAAGUUUAGCCCAACUUGCGGAAGUUGUUAAAAUGCGGCUUGAAGAAAGUAACAUUAUUGCAAAGAGUGACACAAAUUCUAGCGCUGGUGAAAAUCAAAGACACAUUGUUUGGAUAACGCAUAGUAUGGGAGGUCUUAUUCUAAAGUAUUUACUUUUGGGCGAUGCGCGAUUUGCAAAGAGCACACGCGCAAUAGUUUUUCUUGGAGUGCCGCAUUUCGGGUCCCCUAUAUCGGAAGAAUUUCAGUAUCUCUCUCGUUUCGCACCACUUUAUUGCCAGGAACUUCACCCAACUUGGUUUAAAUAUUCUUUUUGUACACUGAAUGAAAGAUUUACACAACUUUGUUUAAAACAUAAUAUAGUAAUUUUAUCAAUGGCAGAAACAGUUGAAACUCCUCUACCAUAUGUAUCUAAGAUUUUAUCAAGUUAUAAACGGCAUAUAGUCCCUCCACCUUUCGCCAAUCUUGAAUAUGGGGUCUUUUUUAUGCUACCAGACAUAGACCAUCAACGUAUUUGUUAUGUAUCUCGCCCUGAUGACAGGAUAUCUUUGAUGAAACAGCUUAUUAAAUUGUCUACAAAAAAAAGUGUCACAUAA